AUGGCGGCGGCGCCUCCAGAUGAGGUUAGCCUGCAGUCUCGAAUCAACAAAGCCACCAACCCUCUGAAUAAAGAGAAUGACUGGGACAGUAUCAAGGGAUUUUGUGAUCAGCUCAACGAUGAACCAGAAGGCCCCCAGCUUGCAACCAGACUUCUGGCCCACAAAAUCCAGUCUCCCCAGGAGUGGGAGGCUAUGCAAGCGCUUAUGGUUCUUGAGACAUGCAUGAGGAACUGUGGGAAGCGAUUUCAUAGUGAAGUGGGAAAGUUUCGCUUUCUCAAUGAGCUCAUCAAGGUGGUCUCACCCAAGUAUUUAGGAGCCCGGGCUCCAGAGACAGUGAAGAAGAAGGUCUUAGAAAUGAUGUACAGCUGGACGGUGAGGCUGCCAGAUGAGACCAAGAUAGCAGAGGCGUAUCAGAUGCUGAAAAAACAGGGUAUUGUCAAGCAGGAUCCUGUGCUUCCUGAUGACAAGCCCCUCCCUCCCCCUCCACCCAGAGCCAAAAGUGCCAUCUUUGAGGAUGAGGAGAAAUCCAAGAUGCUGUCACGCUUAUUGAACAGCACUCACCCAGAAGAUCUAAGAGCAGCAAACAAGCUCAUUAAGGAAAUGGUCCAGGAAGACCAAAAGCGAGUGGAGAAGGUAUCGAAGCGAGUGAACGCCAUCCAGGAGGUGAAGGAGAGUGUCAGCCUGCUCAACCAGCUGCUGGAGGGCUACAGCAGGGAGGUCUGCUCCCCGAGCAACCAGGAGCUCAUUAAGGAUCUUUACCAGCGCUGUGAAAAGAUGAGGCCCACACUAUUCCGAUUAGCAAGUGAUACAGAGGAUAGUGAUGAAGCCCUAGCGGAUAUCUUGCAGGCCAAUGACAGCUUGACACAGGUCAUCAAUCUGUAUAGACAGCUGGUAAAGGGGGAGGAGGUGACAAAAGAUGGCAUAGCCAUGCCCUCACAACCAGGCAGUAGUAGCUCAGCACUUGUAGACCUGAUGGGACUUAACUCAUCAGCCAACACAGCACCGUCCAACACAGAGCCCUCCAGCCUACAGACCCUGAGUCAGAACAUGGGUAUCAGCCUCUUGGACGAUGAACUCAUGUCUCUUGGACUGAAUGUAACAGAUAACUGUGAAUCACAGAACACUUUUCAGUCCUCUGAUUGCACAGAUUUAUCCGCUCCAUCGGUACCAGCUGCAGUGUUACUGCCAGCUGUGGUCCAAACCCAGCAGGCUCCACCAGCAGGGGGAUCCCCUGGUCCUCCUAAAGCCAUGGAAGAGCUGGAUUUGCUGGGGAAGACGUUACUACAGCAGUCCUUACCUCCAGAGAGCCAACAGGUCAAAUGGGAUAAGCUUCAACCUCAAUCCAGAGUCACUUUACGAGAUCUCCAGACCAAGUCGAGCACCAAUUCUAGACCUGCUCCUCUUGCAACCACCACCUCCUCUGGUCCAACUCCUGCUCCAGGGCCCAAGUCCGGCCCGGCCUUCCAAUUCGAGCAGCCCGACGCUCUCCUCCUCUCCAACCUCAGCCUCACUGCUGCUGAGAGAGGCUCAUCACCUGCCACUGACCCCUAUGAAAACAUCUCUCUAGCUGAUGUUGCUGUGCCUCUGGAAUCAAUCAAACCUAGCAGCCUGUUACCAGUGACUGUAUUUGAUAAACACAGUCUCAGGGUUUUGUUCACCUUUGCCCGUGACUGUCCUACAUCACGGCCCGAUGUGCUGGUGGUGAUCAUCUCCAUGCUGUCCUCGGCCCCUAUUCCUGUCACCAACAUCCGCUUUCAGGCAGCUGUGCCCAAGGUGAUGAAAGUGAAACUGCAAACUCCCUCUAGUACCGAGCUCCCAGCCUUCAAUCCCAUCCUGCCUCCAGCCGCCAUCACACAGAUCCUGCUACUGGCUAACCCUUACAAGGAAAAGGUACGUUUGCGGUACAAACUAACAUUCAACCUGGGGGACAAAUCUCAUGAUGAAUCCGGUGAUGUGGACCAGUUUCCCCCUCCAAACACCUGGGGGAACCUUUAAUGAGAGGGAUCACCCUCCUGUCAUCUGAUCUGCUGCUUCGUUUAGAUUUAGGUUGAAGUUGUCCCUCAUCACUGGCAGAGGCAAGAUGGCCUCUUUACAUGUCAUUCGUUUCAAAAGUUUGGUAAUACAAACUGACUUGAGACCAGUUGUGGGAGCCAGCUUCUACCUUGUGCCUUCCUUCACAACCUUCCUGUCUUUAUUCAAUCA